UAUGGAAAGUUGUGGUACGAACUGCACGGUACUUGAAGUAUAGCACUCACACGUGAAAACAUGGCGGCGCCCACAGAUGCCAAGAAGAGAACGCAACCCCCCUGGGAGCCUCCCAGUGGAGCUGGCUGCCCCAAGCUACACCUGUACAACAGCCUGACAAGGCGGAAGGAACCAUUUGUGCCACAGGAGGGCAAGAAGGUGACAUGGUACAGCUGUGGUCCGACGGUGUACGAUGCAUCCCAUAUGGGACAUGCGAGGUCAUACAUUUCGUUUGACAUCCUGCGGCGUGUGCUGACUUACUACUUUGACUAUGACAUCCUCUAUGUCAUGAACAUCACGGACAUUGACGACAAGAUCAUCAAGAGGGGGCGCACUAACUAUCUGAUGGACCGGUACCUGCUGGAGGCAUCGAGCCCGGAGCAACGCCUGAAAGACGUCCAAGAAGCAAUGAAGAUGUUUGAGAGUAAGCUUAACAAGGAGACAAAUCCGGACAAAAAGCAGAUGUACAUCGGCAUUGCCAAAGCAACAACAGAAGCUACUGAAGGCCUGCAGAGCACCCUCAAGAGCCAGAAAGAAGGAAGUGAGAUUGAAAAAAGUACCAAGGUGAUGCUUGAGGCAGCCAGAGACCCACUCUGUGAUUGGCUGGAUGCGGAGCACGGCAGCGAAGUCAAAGAUAAAUCCAUCUUCUUCAAAUUAACCCAGCAUUGGGAACGAGAAUACCACAAGGAUAUGGAUGCGCUCAAUGUCCUACCUGCUGACGUUCUUACCAGAGUCAGCGAAUAUGUGCCGGAAGUCAUCGCCUACACACAAAAGAUUGUGGACAAUGGCUUUGGAUACGAGUCCAAUGGCUCGGUGUACUUCACCACUUCCAAGUUUGACACUGCUCCCGGUCACCACUAUGCUAAGCUGGUACCCGAGGCCUUCGGGGACCAGGAAGCAUUGAAGGAAGGCGAGGGGGACCUGUGCAUCUCUCAGGACCGGCUGAGCGAGAAGCGAUCGGCCAACGACUUCGCACUGUGGAAGGCUUCCAAACCCGGCGAACCGGCUUGGGACUCGCCCUGGGGGCAGGGUCGUCCCGGAUGGCACAUUGAAUGCUCCGUCAUGGCAAGCAGUAUACUGGGAGGGUCCAUGGACAUACAUACAGGAGGAGUCGACUUGAAGUUCCCUCACCAUGACAACGAACUGGCCCAAGCUGAGGCCCACUACGACAAUGACCACUGGGUCCACUACUUCCUCCACUCGGGCCACUUGACCAUUGCCGGCUGCAAGAUGUCCAAGUCCCUUAAGAACUUCGUCACCAUCAAGGAUGCCUUGAAGCAGUACACUUCCCGACAGAUUCGAUUGGUCUUCUUGCUCCAUUCCUGGAAGGACACGCUGGACUACUCGGCCGACACGAUGGACGUUGCGGUGCAGUACGAGAAGACAGUCAAUGAGUUCUUUCUGAAUGUCAAAGCCAUACUGCGUGAUGCUCCCUCUAGCGGCCCCGAGGCAUUUGAGAAAUGGAACCAGCCAGAGCUGGAUCUCAACGAAAAGUUUGAGACUUGCAGAUCAAAGGUCAACGAGGCGCUGUGCGACUCGGUUGACACCAAGAUGGCGCUGGAGAGCAUGCGGGCGCUGAUUGGCCAGUGCAACGUGUACAUGCAGGAGAGGCGGGCUGCUAAGGCCCCGCCCAACAGGAGACUGCUGCAGAACGCUGCAGUCUAUAUCACCAAGAUGCUCAGGGUGUUCGGUGCAAUAGAAGGUGACGAGCCCAUAGGCUUCCCGAUGAGUGGGGCUGCCCAAAAUGUGAAUGUGGAAGAGACCGUCAUGCCUUAUCUGCAAGUCUUGUCAGAGUUCAGAGAACAAGUCAGACAAACCGCUCGACAACAAAAAGCCGUGGAUAUCCUGAAAUUGUGUGAUGCCCUGCGGGACGACAUUCUGCCUGACCUAGGGGUCAGACUAGAGGACAGAGAGGAAGGGGCAGCGGUGGUCAAACUGGUGGACAAAGAGACAAUACUGCGAGAGAGACAACUCGCUAAGCAGCAAGCGGAAGAGAAGCAGAGGAAGAAGGAGGAAGCCAAGAGGAAGGAGCAGGAGAAGCAAGCUGCCAAGGAUGCCCAGCGACGCAUCCCUCCAUCACAGAUGUUCCUCCAGGAAACAUCCAAAUACUCAGCCUUUGAUGAUAAGGGCAUGCCCACCCACGAUGCCGAGGGGAAGGAGCUUAGUGGGAAACAAAUAAAGAAACUUGCCAAGUUGUACCAAGCGCAGGAGAAACUCUACAAUGAGUACCUCAAGGUCUCUGAGGCAACACCCAGCAACGACUCAGUCUCAGCGGCAACGAAUCUAUCUUAACGAUAAAAACCUAGUCACACUUUUUAUUUAAUUUCCUAAUUAUACUAGGAAAGGUAUUUGUUGCAACCAUAGAGCUAUGUUAAAUGACUAAGGAGCUAAUGACUAAGGUGCGCAUCAGCAUUUUUAUUCGAAAAACAAUGCUUAAAUUUACGAUUUGAAAAUUGUACGUUUACAAAUUUAAACAAAAAAAAUCCAUAUCCGUUUACAAAUUUUCCAAAACAUUUAAAUGAAACCCGAAUGAUAAUUCAGGGACAGGUUACAAAAUGUACGUUUACACUUUCUUCCUUAGAGUUAAACUUUACAUGGCACAUAUACUUAUUGAUGUUAGUUCUUGAUUACAUUCAGGGUAUAAAUAUAGUUUUUACGUCUUCCAUGACUGUCCGCUAUUUAUUUUGUCAGUCAUUGUUGAUUUAUCAUGUCAAUUAUGCCGGUCAAUGUCUACAGACAUAAUGGGCAGGCGUCAGCUUCUGUGAAAAUAGCUAAACGUUAAAGGUUCUUGAAAUAUUUACCAAAUGUUUACAAUAUCAAUGCAGUCAAGUGCAAAUCUUCAGCUUAAAUGGAACUAAUGCGCCCAGACCAAAAUACACAAUCCGUAAAAUGAGCAAUUGAUUUGUAAACAAGGCACAUGUACGCGUAUGGCUUUCGAUGAUGUGGGUUUCUUUUAUACUUUAACCUCGUCUUCGUACGGUGUUUGAUGUACACUCGCAUUGCAUUGAAAACUCAUCACUGAAAUUUUGUUUCAUGUAAAUUUCAAUAUGAUCUAUGAUCACGCACAUUCGCUUCAAAACGUCUGCACCUAGCAAGCGUCUAAAAGUAUUCUACACGAGAAGUGAGUUUAGCACUGUAGUAAUUUAAUACAGCUCUACGGUAGUAACAGAGACGAUCAUGUUUUGUCGUCAAUUUGAAUCUCAGAUAUAUUUGUGAAUUUAAAGCUGCUUUGAAGCUUUUUGUUUUUGUUUGUGUUCCAUUUGUUGAAUUUAUGCAAAGUAUGUCGGGUACUUCGUAUGACAUUUGCUGAUGCCUAGAAGCAUUGUGUACCAUUAUAAUUAUGUACAACUACAUGUAUAUGUCAUUUUAUUUUCUGUCUGCAAACUUUUUUUCUCUAUCCAUCUCUUAUUUUCACUUCUAAACUGUAACCAACAAAUGGACUCUUGUCUUGUUUGAAAAACCUUAAAAAUCACUUGAAAUGAAGCAAUCUUUAUUUAAAUUUUAUCCUGCAUGUUUCAAUGCACACUGAGUACGUAUUUAAAACCCAAGGAGUUUCGGUUUUUACAUUGGCUUAAAGCUUUGGGCGGUUUAGGCGAUAUUCGCGAUUUGAUUAUUUGCGCCAUUGAGCAAAAAAAAAAAAUUCCAUCUUAUGAAUAGCUUUUGAA